CAAACAAGAAAAAAACGAAACGAGUAGCGCUCCUUUCAUCCAGCCAGAAGUCGGAAUUUCAUGCUGAAUCGUUUUUGUGGAUUUUCUUUACGAAAAAUUCGAUUAUUUCUUGAAAAUUUCCACGUAAAUGUCGUCGGAAAGCAUCAUAAGCAGCUUGUGAAGUGAAAAUUUGGAAUCAUUUAGUGUUUUUGAAGUGUUUCCAAUUUGAUGGAAAUGUAGUUCUAUCGUGGAUCUUUUGCCAACAGUAGGAUUGCCCGGAGAUUGCGUGUGAACUUUUGCAUUUUUUCUACGGGACGAAACUUGUGAUUUUACAUCGGCGAACAUGGCUAUGCGUAGGCCUCGUGUGAAGGUGGCCGCGAAUCUGGCGAUUCGUCGGCCAACGAAAGCUCCAGCUGCUGCUGCGUCCGCAACCACCAGAGAAACCAAGCCAGCGGUCGCUCCUGUCCAGGCAGUAGUUAGUGAUAAGGAAGACGAAGUGAGGGAAUCGCAAGUCACCGAAGCAGACGAGGCGCCAGCACCGAAAGGAACGGAGUUGAAACGACCUGUUUGCAAAGUGGAGCACAAGCCGGUAUCCACCACUCCCAGCCCAGUGGCCGAGCAGUCGGCAUUCAAGUUCCCAAAUCCUGUAGAGGAACCUCCGAGAAUUACAACACCUGCCCCAGUGCCCCAUUCUCCGCUGGAGGUCAACACAGAAGAGCCACAUUCGCCAAAGAAGCUGGAUUCCAAGUUUGCCUACAUAAAUGCCCUGAACAGCCCUCGGAAGAGGAUCCGGACGGAAUCGAUGACUUCCAAUAAGUCCUACUCGGACGUCAGCUUGAAAUCUCGCAAGACAAUCAAACAGGAGGAAUCUCAGAAGGCAUCGGACGCCAAACGGGACCUCCGAAAGCGAUUGAAUAACAUCCAGAACAUCGACAAACAAUCGCUGACCAUGUUCGACAUGAUCUACUACAAUCCGGUGAAGAAUCCGAUGAAGAGUCCGGCACUCAGCAAAAAGGGCUCGCUGGAGAACAUUCCCCGGACGGUUGAUCGGGAACGGCGAAGCAUGAGCAGGACACGGUCACCGACGCCGGCCCCAAUGAUGCCACCACCGGAACCGCCGAGUGCUCCUGCGCCGCCACCCGUGCAGCUAACGCCGCAGAUCAAGCUGGGCCCCAACGGAGAGAUGAUCCUGGACGAAGCCAGCUUGGUGGUGGAAAACGAACGCGAGAAGGCCAUGAGAGACAGCCUGGCCAAGGCGGAGAUUGUUUACAUGGACGAAUUCAGCGGAAAUUCCGGCUACUAUAGUCGCUACAAACGAACCAGGGAUUGGCCCCCGGAGGAAACGAUCCGUUUCUACAGGUGCCUGCACACGAUUGGGACUGACUUUUCCAUGAUGAUCCAGCUCUUCCCGAAUCGAACCCGGAGGGAUUUGAAAUUGAAGUUCAAGAAAGAGGAGCGUCUCAACCUCAAAUUGAUCAACAAGGCAUUGCUGUUCCCGAAGGAGUUCAACAUCGAGGAGCUCAAGCAGCAGUUCCAGGAAGAGGACGAGGAAAUCGAACGACAACGAGAGCAGGAACGGCAGAUCAAAGCAGAAGCAGAGGAGAAGCUAAAACAGCAGAAAAUGUCCAAAAAGCUCCAAUUGAACCAAAGCAAAAACCGGAAUCCUAAAAAGCGUGUCAGUAAAUCAGCUCGGGCCUUGCUGGAUGUGGAAUCCCUGGCAAAGGAUACGAAGCCUAAAAGCAAACGGCGAAAGGCACCCCUGGAGAACUUGAUAGUGAAACGACGUCCGAAGACUGUUAGGCUUCCAGAAACGGAUGAAACCGAAGAAGAGGAGAUUUUCGAGGUGACGAUUUCCGACACCGAACCGAAUGUGGAAGAUCAGGUUCCGCAGGUCGAUAGCAUUCCAUACAUUCCGAAUGGAGAAUUCGAACAAGUGAACGAAACUCCUUCCGGUACGGAACCGUCGCAGUCUCAGUCUACGAGGAGCUCGUCGAAUGCGGAGCAAGCUUCCUGCGACUCCCAACUGAACAUCGAGGACAUGGACAUCGACGUGGUAGAUGAGAACUCAAGAAGUCUUUUCGCCAUAAAGGCGGAACCAGCGGUCUACCCGGUUCAACUGUAUGAAAGUGCCAGCACUGCAAGUCUAAGUGCGGGAAGCGUCGUAACGCUACAGAACUUGGAUGACAGUCAGUCCACGGUCACGUAUCGAAGAUCUAAAAUGUCCGGUAGCGAAACGGAUCGAGACACGGACCUGAUGGGCUUGGACUCGAUUGAGUCCAAGUACUACGGAGGAUGCGGCGUUGUUUACCUUCCGGAUAAUGGCCCUAGCACCCGACCAAUGAAGACGGAAUCAACGUAUUCCGGUUCGCAAAUGCCAACUCCGGUACAAUCACCGCCUCUCCAGUACGACCUGCAUACCAUUGAUGUUCCAACGACCUCCAGAGUGAAACCAGACGCACGGGAAAGCGAAACUUCUCAGGAGUCGUACCAGGAAGUGAAUAAUCCUCGAUCACCGGCAAUGAUUACUUCGGACGAGACCAAUCUAACUUCCGAAUCUUCGGUACGAUUGAAGCCAGAAGUGGACUCGACCGAACCUCCCACGGAGGAUUCCAACGACUGUCAGGAAUCGGAAUAUUCCGAGGAACAACCAGUGCUACAAGCUGAAGAACUAGAACAGCAGCAGGAGGAGGAGGAAGAGGAGGAACCCCGCGGGCUGGGACCGCUGGAGGACAUUGAUAUCAACUCGCUGGUGCUGGUGGAAAGUCAGGACACGACGGACCCCACCAAAACCAUCUACGAAAUCUACGUGACCGAUCCGGAGACGGGUAAACUCAGUGAAAAACCUUUGGAUGUGCCGUACGACGUCAUCGAGAACAUCCGGUCGAUUCUCGAAGGUGGCGAGGAGUGAACGUCACAUAGGUUUUGGUAAGUUGUUACUUUUUAUCGUUAGGGGAAGGGCUCAUCACAUGGUGUCAUCACACAGAGCCGGGAAUAGAGGGAAUUCUCAUUUCUUCGCAACAAUACGUUUUGCACGUUGUACAGUACUGAGUAAGAAUAAACAUUUAUUUAUCGUCGCAUUUGACAAAACGAAA